UGGCUUGCUGCUUUAGCAAGUUAGUUGUGCAGGGACUCAAGUCCUGAAAACAAGAGCCUCCUGGCGACAGGCAAGCUGUAAAACGGCCUGGAGAGGUGGUGAGCUGAGGUCACUGUUGGUCUGGAUUUCUAGCUCCUGUACUUGGAGGGACUAGGAGCAGCUGACGCCGACCAGCCGGGACGGCCUAGGCAGGCGGGCGCGGCUCAGGGAGGGUGGAUACUCCACGUCGGAUGGAUUGGCCUCCUGGUGUCAGGAGGGGAGGACUGCAAGGAGCACUGGAUGCUGGGGUCAUGGGGCUCCUGUCCCCUGGUGCUGACCAAGCGUGGAGAAAGGAGGCGAGGCUGAGCAUGGACCAAGGAGAGCCUUCACCUCCUGCGCCUGCAGCUUCAGAAAACGAAGUGAAAUAUGACACCAAUAACAACGAAGAGGAAGAGGGGGAACUGUUUGACUUUGACAGCGGAGACGAAGUCCCCGAAGCGGAUCGGCAGGCCCCGUCAGCCACCGGGACCAGAGGUGCCGAAGCAGGUGUUGCCGGCCAGACCGGCGAGACCACCCCCCCUGCAGGAAAUGGAACUAGAGCCGAGCCUGCCCCCGAGGCUGAGCCUGCGAAGCCUGUGGCCCCAACAAGAGUGAACCCCUACUCUGUCAUUGACAUCACACCAUUCCAGGAGGACCAGCCGCCGCCGCCGUCUCCAGACGCAAACGCGGAGGAGGAAGGGGCGGGCCUGCGCGUGCCCAGCGGUUACUCUGUGCCUGUGCCCUGCGGCUAUGCCGUCCCGUCCAACCUGCCGUUGCUGCUGCCAGCCUACUCCAGCCCCGUCGUCAUCCGAGCCGACUCUGUGGAAGAGGAAGAAGCAGCAGAAGUUUCGGGAGACGGGCAGUGCAAUUCCCUAAGCUCCGAGGACCUUCCACACAGUGGCGAUCCAGGCAGCCAGGAGGGCAGUGCCCUGGCCCGGUGGGCAGCCGACCCUGCCAACACAGCAUGGAUGGAAAAUCCAGAGGAAGCAAUUUACGAUGAUGUUCCAAGGGAGAACUCAGACUCCGAACCAGAUGAAAUGAUUUAUGAUGAUGUGGAGAAUGGGGAUGAAGGCGGAAACAGCUCGCUGGAAUACGGGUGGAGUUCCAGCGAAUUCGAGAGCUACGAGGAGCAAAGUGACUCCGAGUGCAAGAAUGGAGUUCCCAGAUCCUUCCUGCGCAGCAGCCAUAAAAAGCAACUCUCUCAUGACCUAAACCGCUUUAAGGCGCACUGUGAGGAAAAGAUGAGAGGCCUGGUGGCCAGUACGGUGGGAGCCGUGGAGGUGCCGCAGGCAAAGCACAGGCAGGAGCGGAAGAUGCAGAAGCUCAUGAAGGCAGCCAAGGAGGGCACCAAAGAUGGGUUGGAGAAGACCAAAGCCGCCGUGAAGAGAGGCCGUUCCUUCAUCAGGACCAAGUCUUUCGCUCAAGAUCAAAGGUAUUGUUUUGAAGAAGAGCAGAAUUUGUUCAUUGAUGUGGACUGCAAGCAUCCAGAGGCUGUCCUGACCCCGAUGCCCGAGGGCUUGUCUCAGCAACAGGUUCUAAGGAGGUACAUCCUGGGUUCCAUUGUUGAAAGUGAGAAGAACUACGUAGAUGCCUUACGGAGGAUUUUGGAGCAAUAUGAGAAGCCACUGUCUGAGAUGGAGCCCCGGCUCCUGAGUGACAGGAAGCUCAAGAUGGUGUUCUAUCGUGUCAAAGAGAUCCUACAAUGUCACUCCAUGUUCCAGAUCGCACUGGCCAGCCGUGUGUCUGAGUGGGAUGCCGUGGAAACAAUCGGCGACGUUUUCGUGGCCUCGUUCUCCAAGUCCAUGGUGCUGGACGCUUACAGUGAGUACGUGAACAACUUCAGCACAGCUGUGGCCGUCCUCAAGAAGACGUGCGCCACCAAGCCCGCCUUCCUGGAGUUCCUAAAGCUGAGCCAGGACUCCAGUCCGGACCGAGUCACGCUCCACAGCCUUAUGAUGCGGCCCAUCCAGAGGUUCCCGCAGUUCAUCCUCCUGCUGCAGGACAUGCUGAAGAACACGGCCAAGGGACACCCCGACAGGCUGCCCCUUCAGAUGGCGCUGACGGAGCUCGAGACCCUGGCGGAGAAGCUGAACGAGAGGAAAAGAGAUGCUGACCAGCGCUGUGAAGUCAAACAGAUAGCAAAAGCCAUCAAUGAAAGAUACCUGAACAAGCUCCUCAGCAGUGGAAACCGGUACCUCAUUCGAUCCGAUGACGUGAUCGAAACGGUUUACAACGACAGGGGAGAGAUCAUCAAGACCAAAGAACGCCGGCUCUUCAUGCUGAAUGACGUGCUCAUGUGUGCCACUGCCAGCUCACGGUGUGUCCAGGUGAACUCAGGUAGGCCGGUGCUGGAGCUGGCCCUGCAUUGCGCCCCCCGACCUCCCUUGUCCCCUGUGGCUCUCGGCUGUCAUUUAGCUGAUCCUCUAAAUAUACUUCGGAUGGGUGUUUCCCAGAGUGUUUCCAUUUGUGUAGCGUUAAAAAAAAAAAGCAAAACUAAAAUUUGUUUUGGUGCCUCCCAAGCAGGAAGUGAUUCUUGUCUUUCCUUCACAUUUUCAGACAAAGUUUACAUGGGGCCAGGGCAGUUGUACCAGGAUUUGCAGAACCUACUGUAUGACCUGAACGUUGUUGGCCAGAUCUCACAGCUAAUAGGAAACCUCCGCGGGAGUUAUCAGAAUUUAAACCAGGCGGUAGCCCAUGAUUGGACGUCAGGCUUACAACGACUGAUCCUGAAGAAAGAAGAGGAAAUCAGAGCCGCUGACCGCUGCAGGAUUCAAUUACAGCUCCCGGGGAAGCAAGACAAGUCAGGGAGGCCCACUUUCUUUACCGCUGUGUUCAAUACGUUUACCCCUGCCAUCAAGGAGUCCUGGGUCAGCAGCCUGCAGAUGGCCAAGCUGGCACUUGAGGAGGAGAACCACAUGGGAUGGUUCUGUGUGGACGACGAUGGCAACCUAGCCAAGAAGGAGACGCACCCUCUCCUGGUGGGACACAUGCCUGUGAUGGUGGCCAGGCAGCCAGAGUUCAAGAUCGAAUGUGCAGCCUAUAACCCUGAGCCUUACCUAAGCAACGAAAGCCAGCCCGCUUCGCCCUCCUCGGCACGUGGCUUCCUGUGGAUCGGAAGCUGUAGCGAUCAGAUGGGUCAGGUCGCCAUCGUCUCCUUUCAAAGCUCCAGCCCCAAAGUCAUCGAGUGCUUCAACGUGGAGUCACGCAUCCUGUGUAUGGUAUACAUUCCCGCAGAGGAGCCGAAGCCCCAAGAGUCCGGUGAAGCCGUGGACCCAGAGGCCACAGCCUCGAGAGCGUCCCAUGUGCCCACCAUCUGCCUGGGCACAGAAGAAGGAAGCAUUUCCAUCUACAAAAGCAGUCAGGGCUGUAAGAAAGUGAGGCUUCAGCACUUCUACACCCCUGACAAGUCCACGGUCAUGAGCCUGGCCUGCUCCCCGCAAGGCCUGUACGCGGGCCUGGUCAAUGGGUCAGUGGCCAGCUACACCAAGGCUCCAGAUGGAUCCUGGAACUCGGAACCCCAGCAAGUGAUCAAAUUGGGCGUCCUGCCUGUCAAAAGCCUUCUCCUGGUGGAAGGUGCGCUGUGGGCAGCCUCGGGAGGGCAGGUGUUCAUGGCCAGCCUGGAGACGCACGCUAUAGAGAACCAGCUGGAGGCCCACCAAGAGGAAGGGAUGAUCAUCUCCCACAUGGCUGUGGCUGGCGUUGGCAUUUGGAUCGCCUUCACCUCCGGGUCCACCCUCCGCCUCUUCCACACCGAGACCCUGAAGCACCUGCAGGAUGUCAACAUCGACGCCCCCGUGCAUAGCAUGUUGCCAGGGCACCAGCGUCUGUCUGUGACCAGCCUGCUCGUCUGUCACGGCUUGCUCAUGGUUGGUACCAGUCUGGGUGUUGUCGUGGCCCUGCCCGUCCCUCGUCUUCAAGGUAUCCCCAAAGUGACAGGGCGAGGCAUGGUCUCCUACCAUGCACACAAUGGGCCCGUUAAGUUCAUUGUCAUGGCCACAGCAUUUCAGAAAAACAAGGACAGAGCCAGAGACAGCCCACCCUCCGGCGCCGAGCCUCAGGAUGAAGAUCCCAAGGAUUUGCUCGGCAAUGAGGAGGGCACUUCCUGCUUGGGCCAGACGGACGCCAACACAGCCGUUUGGUUGGGAGAGUCCUCGGGAUGGACAGGGCAGAAGAGUGACCUGUCUUCAUCCUCCGGGUCCCUGAGCCUGUCCCAUGGCUCCAGCUCCCUUGAGCACAGAUCUGUGGACAGCAGCCUGUGUGACCUCCUAAAGGACCCCAGCGCCUCCCCAAGGAGCAGGGCACAGCGCUCGAGGAGAGCCAAAGCCAGCUCGGCGCUGGUGGUAUGUGGGGGCCAAGGCCACCGGCGAGUGCAUCGGAAGGCGAGGCAGCCUUCUCAGGAGGACCCGGUGUCUUCAGUGAUGGUGUGGCAGAUCCCACUGCUGGGCAUGUAGGUCAGAGGCUGCUGCCUGGCGUGAGGGUGGCAAUCAGGGACAACUCUCAGCCGGGUGCAGGCCGAGUGGCGAAGGCUGCAUCCGUACCGCUGGGACCAACUGGAAACACAGCUCUCCCGCCUUCCCCCACAGCACAGCUGAGUCCAGGUGUGCUAGGGAGGCAGAGGAGUGCUCUGGCUUUUGAGUCGCCGAGCAGGGUUCCAGGAUAGUGCUGCAGUCCGCCCCGUCAAUCCCCCGAGAUUGCCAGUGGCAUCAGUUCUGGUCACAUCUCAGAGAGACGACAGGGAAAUGCAGCGUCCAGUAGCAUAGGAGGUCAUUAACCAUUCUUAAAAAUCAUUCUACUUGACUUAGACUCACCGCUGUUAUUUAUAUUCUAUGUAUUUUUUAAAUCUCAGAAUAAAAGUUGUAACAGUUUAAAAAGCCAGGUAACACAUUCCAGCCCAGUCCUCUUGUUUGGGAGCGACCGAGGCUUUCCAAAGUAGACUGAUAUGUGUACUGUACCCUUUAACAAAUAGUGUUUUUAUAUUGCAUUUUCUAUUAAAGAUUAACCGUUAACGUUGUAGUCAGUAUACUAUCUGUAGUGUUGUGCACAUAGUCUUUGCUUUAAGCCAAAAAUGUCCGAUACCUGUCAACACUGGGACUCCAGCUUCCAUGCCAAACCACCCUUGCCUUCUCAUGCUAAGUGAUAUUAAUAUCUCCCCGGGACACGUGCAGGUCCAGCCAUGCAGGGAUGGUGCUGGAAGAGUCUCAGGUCUUCUGUGCACUUGGCUGUCCAAGAGCCUCCGCAUUUGGGCACUCAUGCCGAGUCGCCCAUGGUGCUGUUCAGUCAGCCGCUGCCUCCACGGCCUGCCGUACCAGUGUCUCCCCCCCCACACACACACAUACAGAACAUACAGGGUCAUAUGGGGCACGUGAGAGGCAGCAGCACUUGUCAAGGGACACGAGUGAUCUAUAGACUGUUCGCUCUACCUGUGUUUGUACACCAGUGUUUCACUUACUGGAUGGCUAAAACUAUUUUUUUUUAAAGCCUAAUUCAGAUAUUCAUCAGAAACACACUUCUCAGCACUUUACAAAUGACUAAAAACGCUAACUUUUAACUUAGUCAAAUAUUUUCUACAUUGCACAUAUACCCAAGCUUUCUUAAACUGUUAGCUGCUAUCUUGUUUGAUAAAAAAUAAAAUAAAUAAAAGACUUUUUAUUUUAGAAUGCA